AUUCCAAGAAAGGAGUUCAUGACAAAAUGUAUCCGCCAUAUGGACCCUGAAAAUAAAACUUUCCAGCCAUGGUAUAGACGCGAUAAGCUCUCGCGUGUUUUAAAGUGAAACACGCAUAUUCCUCUCGCGUGUAUUAAAGGAAAAACGCGUCUUCUUCUCGCGUGUUUAAAGAAAACACGCGACACGCUCUCGCGUGUUUAAAGCAAACACGCAACACGCUCUCGCGUGUCUCCCUUGGUUCAAAAUACGUCCAGAAGGCAGAACAGACCCCAAACACGCGAAGAGCAGCGGCGAAACCAGCGAAAAUCGGUGAAAGCAGCGGGCUAAUCCCAUAUUUAGCUCUCCCAUUCCAAUUUGAAGUGUUGUUAGGAUGUCCCGAUAUGGACCAGAAGAUCCUUCUGUUUUGCAUUAUCAGCACAGUCAUAUAUCGCGCAAGGCGUGGGCAGGCCAGGAAACAGCCUCUUUCAAUAUUCGGCGCUUUGAAGGACAUUUCUGGGAAAUCGAUAAUCAUCACAGACGCGUGAUUGAUUAUGUCUGUAGAUUUGGUUUAGGUGGAGUACUUUUCUGUGGUAAGGCUCUGGAUGUAGAUCAUGCGUUGAUCACAGCUUUGGUUGAGCGCUGGAGGCCAGAGACACAUACAUUCCAUCUUCCCGUAGGGGAAACUACCAUUACAUUACAAGACGUACAAGUAUUAUGGGCAUUACGUGUUGAUGGAGUACCCUUCACCGGAAAUGGGUUUUGUGAAUCUGGGUGGAGGGGUUUAUGUGAAGAGCUCUUGGGCUUCUAUCCCCUUCAAAGCGAGAUGAAGGAAAACGGUAUCUUGGCAUCCGCGCUAAUACAUAGGAUGGCGAUUGAACCGUUAGGAGAUGGUCUCGAAGACGAAGCCUACAUUCAACGGGCACGUAUGAUUGUGCUUGUGCUAUUGGGAGGGUUGAUCUUACCCGACGGCUCAGGGUGUAAGAUACCUCUCAUGUGGUUGACCCAACUUCGAGAUGUAGAGGCUGCCUCUAUGAUUAGUUGGGCGAGUGCUGCACUUGCUACAUUAUACCAUAAUCUGUGUGAGGCGUCUAUGGGCAAAAGGUCAGACAUUGGAGGUCCGACGGUGCUCCUACAGCUUUGGGUGUGGGAGAGAAUGCCCACUUUGAGACCGGAUUUUGUAGCGGCACGUAUACAUACAAACAACACUCCAUGUGCCUUAAUGUGGACUGGCUCCUAUAUGAUAAACAGAGCCCCCAACAUUAUCGGAACCAUCACAAUCAGAGUCAUCUGCACCACCAACAUUAUCUGCACCAUCACAAUUAUCAGAACCAUCUGCACCAUCACCAUUAUCAGAACCAUAAUAACCAUCACAUGUCAAAUUUGGUACAUCUAG